AUGGCCGCCUCGAUCCCGUUUGUUCCCAUGCGCAGCCGCGUCACGGAGGCUGGUCUAAUGGCUGUGAUCUACGAGUUCAAGCGGCGCGAGGCUAACGGUGACGGCGACGACCUGCUCAUUGCCCAAAACGUGCUUCUCCGCCGCUGGCUGGACGGUCCUUAUUCCAGUGGCGCGGUCUUCCGAGCGACGUACGAUGGCGACGUCAUUACCAAGACGACCCGCGGCGACAUUUACAUGACUGAGGUGCCUGGCGAAGUGCACCAAGAGUCCAUCGCGCGAAUUUACAUCGCCCUCGAUACCGCCUUGGCGGGAACGCCGUUGAAGUGCGUCAAGGGCGUCGAUUACAACCAUGCUGGCUACGUCCGCCGACCCGACCUCGCGAUUCGACCAACGCACGCGGUCCUCGGCGACGCCAUCAGCACUCUGCCCCGCUGCAUGAUCGAGGUCACCGUCACGCACCGCACAUCGUUCAAUCGGCACGACCGAGAUACGCGCGCGCUCUUCCGCGAGUUUCCCCCGCUCCAGACAGUCCUUGUCCUCGUCCUCUACCCGUUGCGGGACGCGGCGACGCUGGACCCGAACAUGAACCCCAUCUUGGCUCAGAUGCCUGCGCUCGCUGUGCUCUACCGUCGUCUUGGCAACGACAUUGCAAUCACGGAUGCCAUGAGCUGCGGCAACAUUGCUCUUGACGAAGGCGUGCACCUCCCAGGGCACGUGGAUGUGCGCAACGAGGUCGAUGCGAUGACUGCCGAGCUGCCGCAAGUCGUCGAGCGCCAGCCGCAUGACCACGGACCUUCCAUUACGCUGCUUGGCGACGAUCUGUACCGCGCCGCAAAUGGACACGGCCAUAUCAUUCAGGGCUUGCUCCCCGACUACCCCGUGUAUUUGGCGACAACGAUCGCCACAGCCAUCCGCGUGCGAUACAACGUCGCAACCCAAGCCAACGCCCUCGCCGCACUUGCUGCUGCUGGACAAGCUGCUGCCGAGCAAGCAGCCGCUGCGGCACCGAAUGUGGGACGCCGCAACCACCGCUUCAACCUCCGCCACUGA